AUGUCUACUAAUAAGCUAAAAAACAGUAAUUUAUUUAAAUUAGAAAGCAAAAAUAUAGAAAAAAAGGAUGAAAUAAAUAAUUUGAAAAAACUCACUAGCAUUAAAAUAGUUAAAAAAAAAGUAGAAACUAAAAAUGAGAAAAAUGUAGAUAGUAUUAUAGAUAAUGGAGAAAAAACAAUAAAAAAAAAAAAUCCUAAAAAAAAAGAUACAGGUGAUACAGAUAAUUUAUCACUAAAAAUAAACAACGAUGAAAAUAAAAAAGUUAUUGUAAAAAGAAUUAUACAGAAAUUUAAUAUCAAUAAUGAUGAAAUAGAUAAUAAGUUUAACAAUAAUGAUAUAAUUACAAAAAAAAAUGAAACCAAAAAAAAAAAACUCAAAGAACAAUUAAGUAAAACGGAUUUCUUACAUAAUAAUAAUGAAACAAAUGUUGAACCAAAUGACGAAAAUAAACAAAUUUUAAAAGAAGAUUCAGAAAAUGAAAUAUUAGAUUCAUUCAUAGAAAAAAAAAGUUUUCUUGUAGACAAAAAAAAGGGAGUUAAAAAAAAAAAAGUUCUUGUUAAAAAAAGCACCAUAAUUGAAAAAUUAAAAAAUAAUGAAAAGUGUAAUAGUACUCUUUUUAACAAUUAUGACAACGAAUUAAAUGAAAAAAAAAAAAUUAUAGAAACUGAAGAUUCAGAAAAAAUAAAUAAAGAGCUAGUAAAACGUAAAGUAGAAUUAGAAGAAUUAAAAAAUCUUCAUGAAGCUGAAAUAAAUAACAUUAAGGAAGAAAGAAAAAAUGAAGUGAAUAAUUUAAAUAUAUAUAUUAAAAACUUAAAUGAAGAAAUAAAUGUUUUAAAUAAUUCUUUAAAUGAAGAAUUAAAAGAAAAAACAAAAAUUCAACAAAUCAAUACAGAAUUAAUGGAUGAAAAGUUAAAAUUAAAGGAAAAAGUAAAUUCGAUGAAAACAAAAAUAGAAGAAUCUAAUGAACUGUAUAAUUUACUUAAUGAAAAAUAUUUAACAUUAGAGGAAGAAAAUAGAUUACUGUUUGAGAAGGACGAACAAAAUAGUACAAAAAUUAAAAAUUUAGAAGAAGAAAAAUUAAAAUUAGAAAAAAAAAUUGAAGAAAAAAAUAUAUUAAUUAAGAAAAAAGAAGAUAUUAUAACUAAAUAUUCUAAUGAAAUUGAAAAUUAUAAAAAUGUUUUGAAAAACAAAGGAGAAAUAUUAUUAAAUAGUUGUACUAUAGACAAAAACUCGUCUGAUAAGAGUAACCAAAAAGAAUAUAUAAAUAAAUUAUCAAAAGAAAAAAAGGAAUUAAUACAUGCUUUUAAAAAACAACUCGAUUUAAUAGUUAUAUUAAAAAAACAAAUUAACUUAUUAGAAAAUAAUAAAAUAUUAAAUUUAACUUGUAAUGAAUUUAAAAAAAUUGUUCAUGAUUAA